UGUUGGCAAUGGCUUGCAUGUGACUCGCACGAUAUAACUUCGACGAUGACGACGAUACACGACGAUGACAGCGCUGUCGACGCUGGAGCUUCGGCGCUGUCGUCUCGAUUUUGUAGAAAAUUUGUGCAAAACACAGUUUAGUGUAGACUCCCCUAGGUUUCGGUUGUAUCGAUAUUGUUUGUAGUGCGUGUGAGCGAGUUGUAAAGCCGUCGGUGUUUUGGUUAUUUGCUGUUGGAUUGAAAGAAAAGAUAUUGUGCUUUAAGUUUAUUUUUCAGCCAAUCGUUUGGCUUUUGCUAAUUGCAAAAAGUGAAAAGAGAUGGAAUGAAAUAUAGCAACAGUAAAAAAUUACUGUAUUUGCACUAAAAAAAAUUUAAUUAUCCACGAGAGCUCACGUAAAUGAAUUAAAAACAUUUUUUAAACGCAAAUCUAAUCAAAACCUUCAAAAUACAAAGCAGAAAAAACAUUCAAAAAAGAAAUAUAAAAACAUUUUAAAUAUGUCACGAAAAGCUGUCCCAUGUACAGCAAGCACCAGCGGCUUUUUGGUGGGAUGCACAUCAACUCUUUGUAAGCCGCUGCUGGUACUGCUCCUCUUGGGAUGCGUAGCCAGCUUGUGCGCUACUACAGUACAAGGCAGCCCGCUUGUGCCAAAAACAGAUAAACAAGAACUAACGGACUCUCAGCGUUUGACGAAAGUAUUAAGAGAUCCAAAUUCGCCGGAGGCGCACGAACAUAGGCGACGUGUGGCAUGCCGUCGCGCUUGCUGGGCCAAGUACGUGCCUGAGGAUGCUGAUUGCCUAAAGGACACAAUAUGCUAUCAGGUAAGCAAAUGCUGGCUUAUAUUUAUGACAGAGGAAAAUAAACGAAUAUGUAAGUUUUAGUUUCUGAGCUUUUCUUAUUUUAUUAAUUCGAAGCUACAGCUUUUUAAGCCAUUGGUAGGAUUACCAGAGAUUAAUGCUUUCAAAUAUCCCAAAACAAACGGAUGGUUUCAAUCAGCUAUCUUUUAGGCCAUCAUACAGGGCCCUUCCGAUGGAUAGAAAAGACAUGUUUGGAGCACCAUCAUGCUUGAACCAGAGGAGUGUCACCCAAAAUCUCAAUCAUAGCGUUCUGCGGAAGUUUAGGAUAAAGAUAAAGAUGAAGAUAGAGAUAAAGAUAAAGAUAAAGAUAAAGACAAAGAUAAAGAUAAAGAUAAAGAUAAAGAUAAAGAUAAAGAUAAAGAUAAAGAUAAAGAUAAAGAUAAAGAUAAGGUAAAGAUAAAGAUAAAGAUAAAAAUAAAGAUAAAGAUAGAGAUAGAGACAAAGAUAA